AUGUCACCGUCCCAACCCGCAGUUUCCGCGGCCAUGACGCUGGCGGCGAAACCGAUAGCCGGCGCUGCGUCGUUAACAGCGAAAUCGGUGUCUGGCGGCGCGUCGCUUGCGUCGGAUGUAGUGGGCGACGUGUGGAAGGCGGAUUGGUACGUCGCGCACUGCUACAAGAUCCCCGCUAUGGCGCAACUCAACCUCGUGCUCUCGCAGGUGGCGCAAGCGCCGACGCGUAGCGACAUAUCUCUCCCCAGCUGCGGCCCCGCAGACCUGAAGCGCUUCCACCGCGACCUGGCGGAGUUAAUCUCCUCGUCGGAAUUCGCGGGAAAGCAGCUUAACGUGUUUCUGCACGCCGUCCACUCCACCGCGUCGGGCCUCCAGAAAGACAUCUCGAAGCGCCUCGUGAACGAGAAUCCGUCCGUUUCAAAAAACUCUCGAAGGUGGUUCUCGAGGUUUCCGUCGGGGGGGGACGAUUUCGCUGUAGCAGCUGCUGCGUUAGCGACGUCGAAUGCCGAGGCGCCUCGCAAAAGGCUAGACGAAUCGGCUGUAGCAGCCGCGGGGGUCGGUUCCGCGGUUUCGAGUGCGACAGCCGGCGGACGGGAGUCGACGGACGUCAGGGCUCACGAUAACGGUAACGGUAACGGAGACGGAAAGAGUAACGUGGUCGCGAGCCAAAGUGACCGUACCGCCGUUUCUGCCCGUGAUAGCACCACCCACGCAGUCGGAAACGUUAGCAGUAGCGAAGCCACCAAGAACCUUCGUUUGUGGACCGAAGCCAACCGGGAAUGCCUUAGCGCUACUGUCGGCUCUGCCGCUCAGCCGCCUAAGUCGCCGACCAAACCGACAUUCGCGGCUCGGCUGCGCUCCCGGUCGAUGAGCGGAGUGACGGCGGCGGUGGCGCUGUUCCGCUCUCCCGAGAAUGCGGUUCUGCGCAGCAAAGACUCCGCCGUUGCGCGGGGAACGGGGGAAGGGGGGGUAGCGCUGGGGGCAGAGUCGGGGGAAGGGGUCAUUGCGCGGGAAGGGGCAGAAGCGGGGGCAGAUGGGGUGACUACAGCGGGAGAUGUUGCUAGAAACGAUGUCCGCGGCUCCGGUCCCUUCUCGUUCCGCGUCGCCCCGCCUUCCGCGCAACUAGUGGGGGAAGCGGGGGGAGCGGUGGGAGCGGCGGCUCUCCGCGGGUUUUUGCUGUGCGGGCGGGGAAUGCGGAGCGACAGCGAAUCAGGAGCCAGCAGCAGUUGCGCCGAGGGGGAAACGGGCGGGGGCGAGGGGGGUCGGGAGGAGGGGGAAGAUUUCACUCGGGAGGGGCGCGAUCUGGAAGGGGAAGGCGAAGAGGGGACAGGGAGGAAGGCGGCAAGGGGAAUCGCGGAAAGGGAACGUGCGGAGGAGGUGGGGGGGAAACGGGGAAAAGAAGGGGCGGAGAGGCAUGGGGUCGAGGAAUCAAAUAUUGACGAGGAAAUCCAAUCAGAUACCAAUAUUUUUCGAGAAGUGGGAACAGACAGUAUUGCUUUCCGCCAUGACCGCGCCAGCGUGUCCAUGCCACGUCCCGCCACGUCAGCAGAGGCGUUCUUUCCAUCGUCCACGUCAGUAGCCGUCCCUGCCACGUCACUAGAAAGAAGCGGGGCCGGGGGCGGGGGCGUGGGAGGUAGAGCAGGGGAUGUGUAUGGUCCGCGCUUAACUAAAAGUCGGUCAGUAGCGGUGGAACGUAACCGUCACAGUUACAGCAGCGGCAGCAUCAGCAGGGGAGAGGGGGGAAGGAGAGGGGGACGGGGGAAGGCGGAAGGCGGAGGGGAAGCGGGCGGGGGCGGGGAGGGCGGAAAAAAGGUGGGAAAACCGCCCGCCAAGAGCAGCCACGAACGGUUACAGGAGAUUCUAAAGAAUGUGACUAUAGGGGGGACUAGAGGAGGACCGUUGCAGAUGGCGCGGGCUAUAGCGAGGGGGGGAGUGGGGGGGAGCUUUGGAGGGAGCGGACCAGGGGGGCCGGGGGGAGGUUCGGCGUCUGCGGGGGGAAUGGGGAGCCCGCGCGUGUGGGAGGGAUUGGACGGCCAGGAUGGCAUCUCGAGAUUCCACAGGGGAAUGUCGGUGGCGGAAAGAGGGGAGAGGGGGAAAGGGGCGGGAGGGGGGGAAGGGGGGAGCGGAGGGGGAGCAAGGCGGUUUAUGCCCACGUCCCUGUCUGUAGUCUCCCGAAGGGGGGGAGAGUGGGGGGAGGAGGAGAUGGGGGAGGGGUGGGCGGAAGGGGAAGCGGAGCAGGGGGAAGGGGCGGGAGAAGGGGGAGAGGGGAGCAGCAUUGGGGCGAGCGGCAGUAGCAACAGCCAGUCACCUCACCCUCUGUUGUCUCCCACUGCUCAGUGUCAACCCCCUACUGGUCCUCCUGUGUCGCCCAAACGGCCAGCAUUGUCGAAAGCAAAGCUACAGCAGGAGGAAAUGUUGCUACAGCUGCUGCGGUCUACACCCCCAAUACGCUGGUCGUUAGCUAGUGAGGGGAAUGGUGGGAUUGGGGGAAGCGCAAGGACUGCCCGAUAG